AUGAUUUAACCAAUUCUAUUAAUCCUAAAGAAGAAAAAAAUCGUAUUUAUAAUUAGGAUCAACAUUAGCCAAUAGGAAUCAAUAUCAAAAGCAUAUGCAUGUUAUGACAAAGCUAAUUCUAUUAUCCCUAAAUAAUAUGAUACAUGGAAUGAGUAGGGUAAUUAAUUUUUAAGUAUUAAUCUUUAGGGUCUGCACUAUAUCAAUUGAAUCAAUAUUAAAAAGCAAUUUUAUGUUUUGACAAAGCAAUUUCUAUUAAUUCAAAAAUUGAGUCAGCAUGCAAUGGCAAGGGUAAUUAAUUUUUAAGUAUUAAUCUUUAGGGUCUGCACUAUAUCAAUUGAAUCAAUAUUAAAAAGCAAUUUAAUGUUUCGACAAAGCAAUUUCUAUUAAUUCAAAAAUUGAGUCAGCAUGGAAUGGCGUAAUUCAUCGUUAACUAUUUAUAUUUAGGGACGACAUUAUAUACAUUGAAACAAUAUCAAGAAGCAUUACAAUGUUACAAUGAAGCAAUAUCUAUUAACCAUAUUCAUUCUUUUGCAUGGUAUAACAAGGGUAAAUAGAUAUUAAAUAUUAAUAAUUAGGUAAUGUAUUAAAAAAAUUGAAACAAUAUCAAGAAGCAAUUGAAAGUUACAAUAUAUCUAUAUUUAUUAACCCUAAAUGUGAUGGAGCAUUUGAAAAUAAAGGUGUAAAUAUUAUUUUUUAUUCAGGUUUAAUCCUAAACAAAUAAUAAAAAUUUAUGGAUUCACUCUCAAAUUUCGAGUAAGCCCUUAAGUUAAAAACUACUGCACUUAGAUUUAAAGGUAAAUUCUUCUGUAACAAUAAUUUUAGCUGAUUCAUUAUUUGAAUUACGUAGAUAAUAAGAAGCUAAAUACUUUUAUUUGGUUGCAUAGGGACUUGGAUUGGGUUAGGAUGCUUAUAUACAAAAUUAACUGUCAAAAUUAUGA